AAGUUUGUUUUUCCUUCAGAGCCUCGGAGCUGGUAGAGCCGAAGCGGGGACUCCUUGAGGAGGGCGCUGGCGCAUCUCUCCCUCGGGACUGACCUCCCUUUCCUUUCAGGUUUUAAGUCCCGGAGGAUACAAUGUUCGCUAAACUCUUCCAGCGGUGGAGUUUCGCAGUGUUUCUGCUGAGUUAUUCCGUGCCCUCCUACGGGAGAUCAGUAGAGGGGUUCAGCCGCAGACUCAAAAGAGCUGUAUCAGAGCACCAGCUACUGCAUGACAAGGGCAAGUCAAUCCAAGACUUACGAAGAAGAAUAUUCCUUCAAAAUUUAAUCGAAGGUGUCAACACUGCAGAGAUCCGUGCAACAUCGGAGGUGUCACCUAACCCUAAACCUGCUACCAACACGAAGAACUACCCUGUCCGGUUUGGCAGUGAAGAUGAGGGCAGAUACCUAACUCAGGAGACAAACAAAUCACAGACCUACAAGGAGCAGCCCCUGAAGGUGUCAGGGAAGAAAAAGAAAGCAAAGCCUGGAAAACGUAAGGAACAAGAGAAGAAAAAGAGGCGAACCCGCUCAGCUUGGCUAAAUUCUGGCAUGUAUGGAGACGUCAUGACCGAGAGCCCAGUUUUGGACAUCUCUGUUGCUACACAUAAUCACACUUUAAGGAGGUGCUGACAUCUUCAGCAAGAGAUAUUUGGAAGACAUAUUGCAGUAUUCUGUAAUAGCGAAUAUAUGGGAAGUAUUAAAAUAUUUAUUACCUGUAAAUAUUGUAAAUGCUCAGAAUAAAACCUUUUUCCCC